GGCGGAAAACACGUUCCAAUACUUCAGUGGCAACUUGCGUACCAACAGAUUUGCGGGUAAAACAGAUAUGACUUUAAAUAUGCCUUCAUAAAAACGUAUUUUAAAACCAAGAACAACAAAAACCUAUCGCUGAGUCGUUGUCUAGAUUUCGCAAUGGCUAAACCAAGUCAGAGGAAGACUUCAUUCUGGCCACUGCUAUUUCUCGCCAACUUGAAAACACUUUCGCCGCCAUAACUUUGGACGAACGUAAACAUGAUUCUGCUAUGCGCAGGAUUACACAAAGCUCCAGCUUGUGAUGUUGCGAUGGAGGAACCAAUGAGCAUCGUAAACGUGUGCCCAACGGAACAUACCUGCGGACUCGCAGUCUGAAACUACCAGCAUGCAUCGCCCUGCUCGGAGCAGACUUUCUCCGUGGAUAGAGAGUCUGAUCCUGAGCUACGGCAGCCAGGAGGAGAGUGUCAUCGGGCGGCUGAAGGCCCACGUCAUCGGGGUGGGUCAGAUGUCUCAGUCCCAGGCUCUUGGCUCCGAGGGCCCCACAGGGCUCCUCUUCCUGUCGGAUGGGCUGGUCCAGAUCCCUGCCAUUCUCACGGUGUCAGCCUGGGAGCACCUUCAGGAGCAGGAGGACCGCGAGUGUUUCACCAGCCUGGUCAACACCACGGUGUGCAUCCAGGACUACGAGCUGCGGUUCCACAUGGACCUGGAACAGACCAAAUCCAGAUUUGUCUUAUCAGUCGGGGAGCUGGCCACGACUGCGGCCGGGCCUGUUAAAGACAGCACCCCUUGCAGCACGACUUUGCCUUCCGUCAGGAUGAAGAUCUGCAAGACGUGGAGGGCCCUGCUGGGUCAGGAGACGCAGGACUCCCAGUGUGGGUUCGACCUGUCGGAGCUGCUGGGGGAGUGGCAGCACGACUGCCUGCAGGCCGUGCUGGACGACGUCCGGGAGAGGCUGGCGGCAGCGAGCCCGCAGCCCUCCACCUCCACUUCACCGCCGACCCACCCGGACAUAUUCGCCGCCACCAGUUGGGCUGUCGACCAGGUCAGAUAUAAGGGAGUGAAAGGUUUCAGUGUCCCCAUGAAGUGUCUUCUCAUCCCGGAGGAAGACGCUCAGCAGAUGCAAACACCUCCAAAUGUCGGAAGCAGGACAACGAAUGGACUUUCUGCCGCCUCUGAUGACAGAGCGAGAGACUCACGUCCACCUUCAGAGACCACGGCGCCUUCCGUUGACGACGCAGAGUGGCGAAUAGCCACGCCAGCAGUUGUAGAGAGCGACCGGGACGCCGAUGAGACUUCGCUGCGUCCCGCAGAGGACAGCAUGCUACAAGAGAGCGAGAUCGCAGUCAUGAUUGAUUGCGACAUCCGGUCUUUAUCCAGCCUCUGGGACCUCCACCUUCCACCAUGUGAAACCUCGUCGUGCUCUAAUGAGUCUCCGACACCAAGCCCACAGCCGCAGCACCCCGCUGCUCCCGAACUCAGGUCCGACCACUCCGGGAUCCUAGCCAGCCCGCAGCUCCCUGUCCACAGCCCCAAGGACUCCCAGCAGACAUCAGAGCACAGCAACCUCCCGCCAUACCAGAAGCUACCGGCUGCUUCUUUGACUUCUGUGAGUCCACCAGAGGCCUUCCCCAGAACGCCGGACCUGCCCCCUGCCUCAGAUGAAUGCUGCAUAAACGCAGCUCAACAAACUCUUCCGGCUUUGGACCAACAAAGCCCGGUUUUGGAAAAGGAUGUGGAGGAGGCCGUCGAGGAGAAAUAUAGAAAGGCACAGAGAAAGAGAAGUGAGCCGACACCAGAAGCAGAUGAGGAGGAAGCUCCGAUCAGCGGGAGCCCUCCGUCUUGGCUCUUUGACUCUCAGGGGGGCUCCGGGGCCGACGAGGGCAGCAGUCCCGGUGAAGGAGCCGUGUCCAGAAAAAGACCCACCGCUCACAGCGACGGCCGCCAGUUCUCUUACUCCUACCAGCUGUCAGGGCAGAACCUGCAGGAUUUCAGUCGAUUCAAAGUGACAGAGUCCCUGCUGCACUGGGCCGUGAAGCAUCUUGUUGUUCCGAAGCAGACAGGCGAUCCAGUGAACUCCAAUCAGACGUCGUCUGACGUCACCUCGCUUUAGGUUUUUUAAAAACUUUACUGUUCCAGUCUCCUCUGACAUAGUGACCACUCAUGAUAAUGUUCCAUGAGUCUAUUUUGUAUGGCAUCACUGACUCACCGAGUAAAAAGUCCCGUUUGCAAAAAAGAAGUUCACUGUGAGAGGUUUUAAGCUUGUCCAGCGUAAAUAAAAGAAGCAGAAAAUUC